AUGGCCAGUCCACACCAGGCGGACCUGUCAUUUGCGUGGGAAAAGUACAUGGACUGCAGGCUGCAGGGUGCAGAUCUACAGGUCAGCCUUCAGUGUCUUGAGAACUUCCUGUGUCUCUUCCACUGUGUGCGGCAGCUCCACAGCCAAGGCAAGAAGGAUGCUCUGAAAUUUUGCUCAGACAUGAGUGGGGCCAGUAACACACUGGCGAGGGAGUUCCUGACCGAUGUGCAUCAGCUGUGCAGUGCGGUGGCUCAGAGAGCGGAGACACGGGAGGAGGAUGAGGAGGAAAGUCACAUGGUGGCACUGGGAGAGUACCUGGUCAGGGGGCGAGGCUUCCUGUUGCUCAGCACUUUGGACUCCAUCAUCGACCAGGAGCUGACCUGUCGGGAGGAGCUGCUCACGUUGCUGCUGUCUCUGCUACCGCUGGUCUGGAAGAUCCCUGUGCAGGAGGAAAAAGCCCCAGAUUUCACCCUGCCAUCCCUGCUGGAAGUGUUCCUUAGCCGGGAGGUGAAGGCCGUCCCUCUCAGAGCAGGACAGAAGCCCGGCACAGAUGCACAGAACUCUGGGAAGAGGUCGCAUGGCAGCAGUGGCUCCUGGAAGUCACGGCGAUCACGCAGGACAGCCCAGAGAUACUCAGUGAGGGAUGCUCGAAAAUCCCAGCUUUCUACCUCAGAUUCAGACGUCAACUCUGAAGACAAAGUUGUUCCUGGUUCAGGCGGUGCAAGGAGCCGAAGGUCACAUGGCCCCACAAUCCGCGUGAGCUGUCAACAUCAUCAUUCAGAAACCACACAGUUAUCAUCCACGACUGCCCCAGAAACCAUGAGUGCACCUUACCCUCACCCUCGUGCCCCUGGGUCCCACACACUGGACACAGAUGCCCUGACAGACCCAGCUGCAAUGUCAAUUUUCAACCGCAUGGAGAAUUCGCCCUUUGACCUCUGCCAUGUGUUGCUUUCUCUGCUGGAGAAGGUGUGCAAAUUCGACAUGAGUAUUAAUCACAACCCUGGGCUGGCAGUCAGUGUAGUGCCUACUCUCACUGAGAUCCUGACCGAGUUUGGAGAUUGCUGUGGGCCUGGGGCAGGGGGAGGAGCAGGGGCGGAGGAGCUGGCUGGAGGCUGGACGGAGGAGCCCAUUGCCCUAGUCCAGAGGAUGCUGCUACGCACCAUCUUGCAUUUGAUGUCGGUGGAUGUGAGUCAGAGUGAAACCCUCCCGGAUAGCCUAAGGCGCAGUCUGACAGAUCUGUUGCGAGCCACCCUCAAAAUCCGCAGCUGCCUGGACAGGCAAGCUAACCCUUUCGCUCCUCGGCCUAAGAAGACCCUGCAGGAGGUCCAGGAAGAUUUCUCUUUCUCCCGCUAUCGCCACAGGGCCCUAUUGCUGCCAGAGCUCCUGGAGGGGGUGCUACAGGUGCUGUUAGGCUGCCUGCAGGCCUCCACCCCCAACCCCUUCUUUUUUAGCCAGGCGCUGGAGCUCAUUCAUGAGUUUGUCCAGCACCGUGGCCUGGAGCUGUUUGAGGCCACAGUGCUGCGGCUGGAGGGACUUGGCAGGGCCAGGGACUCUGAGGUAGGAGGUGAGGCAUCAGAGAGGUUGCGUGGUCUCAUUGCAGGGGUCCUCAAGAUCAUCAGCGCUGUUAAGAAAGCCAAAUCAGAACAGCUGCAUCAGUCAGUGUGUGCCCGGCGGCGCCACCGUCGCUGUGAAUAUUCCCACUUCCUGCAUCACCACAGAGACCUCUCUGGUCUGCCUGUCUCGGCUUUCAAGCAGGCUGCACGACGCAACCCCUUUGAAGAGGAGAGUGAAGGCAAGGAGGGGACAGAGAGCGAUGUGGUGCGUUACCCCGAGCGCUGCUGCUGCCUGGCUGCCUGUGCCCACCAGUGUCUGCGGCUGCUGCAGCGUCUCUCUCCCAGCGGGCCCGCUGUUUUGCAGGUCCUGGCUGGGGUGCAGGCUGUUGGAAUCUGCUGUUGCAUGGACCCGCGCUCAGUGGUGGGACCUCUGCUGCACGCCUUCCAAGCUCCGGGCCUACGGAGUUACCAGUCUCACAUUCUGAGUGUCCUGGGGAGACUGAUCCUGGAUCAGCUUGGUGGGGGGCAACCUUCAGAGAAAGCCAAGCUGGCCUCCUGUAACAUCUGCACUCUGGACAGCAGCCAGCUUCCUGGCCUGGAGGAGACGCUGCAGCAUGGGGAGCCUUCUGUUGCUACCACCAGUCUGUCCUACCGCUCCCAAGGAAUUCUGCCAAGUGGAGGCGGGGCGGAGGACAUGCUGUGGAAGUGGGAUGCCCUGGAGGCCUACCAAGAGCUGGUGUUUGGCGAGGACUGGCAGCUGAGUCAGCAGAUAGCUGGCCAUGUGUGCCAUCUGACCCUGCGGGGAAACGCAAUUGUGAAGUGGCAGCUCUACACACACAUCUUCAACCCUGUGCUGCAGAGAGGGGUGGAGCUGGCCCACCAUGCCCAACAGCUGGGGGUGUCCACCGUCUGUUCUCAAGUCUGCAGCUACCACACCCAAUGCCUGCCUGUGGAGGUGCUGCUCACAUACCUGCAGACAUUACCUGCACUCCUCAAGUCAAGGGUGAUCAGAGACCUUUUCAUCAGCUGCAACGGGCUGAACCAGGUGACGGAGCUCAUCUACCUUGAUCAGACACGCUCUUGGGCUUUGAAGGUGUUUGAGACCCUGAUACUCGGCAUUGGAAACCGGCAGGCUGAUGGGGUGCUUCAGGAGCUGGAGAUCGCAGAUGCUCAAGAAAGGGAGGCUAUUUUGGACCUGGCUGAAGAGCUGGGGUCCCGAGGGGCCGCGGAGGGCCCGCAGAGCCUCAGCAAGUUCUACGAAGGCCUGAAGGAGGCAUAUCCCCGUUGUAAAAGCAGAAGUGGACCAGGGGCCGGACCAGGGCGCAGCCGGGCAGAGACCCACCUCAACACAAUCAACCUUUUCCUGUGCGUGGCCUUCCUCUGUGUCAGCAAGGAACCCGACUCCGAUCGUGACUCGGCCAAUGACUCUGAGGACACGUCAGGCUACGACAGCACAGCCAGUGAACCUUUGGGCGGGCGGCUGCCUUGCCUCUCCCCGGACAGCGUGGCUCUUCCUUCGAAAGAGCAGAUACGCCGGGCCGCAGAUGUUUGGUCCGUGUGUCGUUGGAUCUACCUGGCCAGCCCUGUGUUCCAGAGACAGUUCUUCAAGCUCGGAGGCCUGGAUGUUUGUUCGCGCCUCAUGGCCAUGGUUAUUCAGAAACUCACUUCUAAGACCAAAGAUGGAAAGGCCAAAAAGAAGAGGGAUGGUAAGGGCAAGGCCAGCCCGUCAAACCCUGAUUCCCCAGCCCCGGCCUCCACUCCAGCCGAGCCCGGAUCUACCUACCUCGGACUGGAGGAACCAACUCACGACGCAUUUGAUGCCCUUGGCUCUGGCCCUGCUGAAGGAAAGACCAAAGAUCCGGCAAAGAAGCUUGAGGAGGAGUGGCCACUACAGAGUAUUCGUCUCCUCGAGGCCCUGCUGGCUAUUUGUCUACACAGUGCAAAUUCAGCCCUGCAGAGGACUGAACCUGAACUUUCCUUUCAGUCGGUGGAGGAGACCCUGUGUGAGGUGAGAGACCAGCUCUCUCGCUCUGGGGUGGUGAACUCUGACCUCGCCGUGCCCCUAUUUGACUCUCUGCUCAGAGUGGCCAUGGCGGAGGUGUCUUCCUGCCCCGAACCCCCAGAGGAGAAGCCAGACCGGAAACUCCAGGUGCUGGUGGGGGGUGCGGCCUCGGCAGGCGAUCUGUCUGAGGAGGUAGACGAGGUGCAGAGCUGUGGCAUCAAGCCCCCAGGUGAGGAGGAGGGCUACGACGCAGACAGCGAGAGCAAUCCUGAGGAUAUGGCCAAGCAGGAAGAAGGAGUGAAGGUGGAGUCUGCAGCGUUGCAUGACUUCGGGGCGGUGGCGGAAGGCCCCGGACGCGGCGUGCUUCUCUUCCCGGAGAUCUGCACCAUGGAGCUGCAGCUGCUGGCCACCGGCUCACCCGACCUGGACGUCCUGAGCCACGUGUUUCACAGCCUGCUGGGGGCUGUCCGUGCCAACCGCCACAAUGCUGCCUUGCUCUAUGACCAGGGUGGAGUCAAAACCAUCCUCUCUGGAUUCCACAACAUCCUCAGCAAAAAAGACCCCGCCUUUAAAGAUUGCCAGACUGUGCUAGUGGAGCUGCUGGUUGCCAUGGUGAGCCAGCGAAUCACAUCAGAGGAACUGGCUCUAUUGAUUCGCCUCUUCCUGGAGAAGACCCCUCCUACUGAAAUCUUAUUGAAGGGCAUCCUGCAGAUCGUCGAAGCCAACAUGAAUACGGAACCUCUUCACUUCUUGACCUUUCCCAUAAUCCUCGGGGCUUCAACACCAAGUGUGACAUCCCCUGGCUCCAGACAAAAUGGUGCUGCGGGGGGAAAAGGUGUGGGCUUGCUUUGGAAGGGCAAACUGUCUCCCGGGCGUAGAGAGGGGGAUGCAGAGUCCCGACCAAGCCACCUACGCACGUCGCCCUGGCACGUCUCCCCUCUCCACCUGCCCCUGAUGGGGCAGAACUGCUGGCCCCACAUGGCCAGCGGCUUCAGUGCCUCCAUGUGGCUGAGGGUGGCAGAUCCAGAGGAGAUGGACAGGGACAAAGAGAAAGAGGAGGGGAAGCCUCCUACAGCCGAGUCCCACCAUGGCACCUCUCAGCCCGUGCAGAGAGUAGUAGAAGAUGGUCUUGUUCAUAUCAUGUCCAUGGGCUCUAAGGCGCUGAUGCUUCAGGUGUGGGCCGACUUCUCUACCGGGUUGCUAACAUUCAGGAUGUGCAUCGACCCCAAUGAUGAGAUAAAAGCAGGGCUGUUAGCGCAGGCGGACUCUGGAGAGGGACUGCUCCGGCCAGGCCAGUGGCAGCACCUCGGCCUCACUUACACCCAGCAGCCUGAGGGCAAGAAGAACAUCCAUGGCCGCCUGGUAGUCUGGGUGUGUGGAGUCAGGAAAUGCGAGGUCUCUCUGGACUACACCUUACCCAGAAAGUCUAGCCUAUCGUCUGAUAGCAACAAGACUUUCUGCAUGUUGGGCCACUGCAUGCCACCAUCGGAGGAGCAGCUGAAGCAGGGAGCACGCUGGACCAUGGGCACUGUGCUCCUCUUCAACGGGUCUAGAAUAGGGACUGAGGAGGCCUUCUACCUGUACGCCAGCGGGCCUGACCUCACCUCCAUCAUGCCCUGCAAGUACGGCAAGCCCAACAGGACAUUCUCCAAGUAUGUUACUCAGGAAGGGCUGAAGUGCGAACAUGUACGAGAGCUUCUGAUGAAGAACAAGGAUGUGGACACAACAGCACUGGUUGAGAGCCUGGCAGUUGUUUAUGCCCCCAGCAGUCCCAGAGUCUACACCAUCUACGAGCCUGUAAUCAGACUGAAGGGCCAGGCCAAGACCGUGGUAACCCAGCGCCCUUUCAGCUCCAAGGAGGUGCAGAGCGUUUCCCUGGAGCCCCACUCUCUGAGGAGUCUGCUGCCCACAGAGCCCCAGGGCCUGCAGAGCGUCCUGCACAAGAUCGGAGGAACAGGAACCUUUGUCUUCCUUUUUGCACAGGCGGUGGAGCUGAGUGACUGUGAGCAGACCCAGGCUCUCGCCCUGCAAGUGCUGCUGUCUCUGUCCAAGUUCAACCAGCACCGCAUCCACGAGAUGGACUGUUACCAUGGAUACUCGAUGAUCCAUCAGGUCCUCAUCAAAUCCAAGUGCAUCGUGGGAUAUCAUAUGCUGAAAACUCUGCUGGACGGGUGCUGCAGCGGGCCCAUCCUGACCCUCGGGGAGGACGGGCAGUUCCGUUUGGACACAGAGGCGACGGCUGUGGUUCAGGACAUCCGCCUUCUCUCAGAGGUCCUGCUGGACUGGAAGAUCUGGGCCAAAGCUGAGUGUGGAGUGUGGGAAACCCUGCUUGCCGCCUUAGAGAUCCUCAUUAGGGUGCACCAUCCUCAGCAGGUCUUCAACAUCCGUCAGUUCCUCAAGGCUCAGGUGGUGCAUCGCUUCCUGCUCACCUGCCAAGUGUUACAGGAGCACCGGGACGAGCAUCUGACUUCGAUCCCUCAGGACGUCUGCCUGUCGUUCGUCAAAAUCAUCCAGGAAGUACUGGGCUCUCCUCCGGACCUGGACCUGCUCAGGCUGGUUUAUAACUUCCUGCUGGCCGUUCACCCGCCCACCAACACUUACGUCUGCCACACGCCGACCAGCUUCUACUUCUCACUGCACAUAGAUGGCAAGCUGUACCAGGAGAAGGUUCAGUCGAUUAUGUACCUGAGACACUCCAACAGCGGAGGGAAGUCCGCCUGCAGCUCUGUGGUUUCACUCUCCCCCACCGUCUUCACUGAGGCGACUCCUGAAGGCCAUCUUCAUGCUAAUUCCCCUGAACAUGGAGGUGAUGAUCACUCAUUACGCCCCUCCAGUCUGGCACCCUCUCCUUACUCCUCCCCGCUGCUCACACCUCGACUCGGACAUGGGAGCUCCAGUGAGGCAGCUGAAGGUGAGGGGGUCUCCCUCGCCACUCAGCAGGCUCUGGGCAGCACAGAGACGCUAAAGAGGGGCGGAGGCGAUGAGCAGCUCCUUAGCAGUUGCGAAUCGGCCAAGACCAUCUGUGACUCUAAGGAAGGGGGCGAGGGUGCAGCCCCGCGCACCCCUUCCAUCAGCGUGGAGGAGGAGCGGGACGAGGCGACAGAGGUGGACAGCCUGGCGGAGGGCAGUGUGGGCGUUGCAGAGUCUGAGGACAGGUUUGACUGGACCAGUGAAGAGGCACCGCGCCGCCCUGACAGCCUGAAGGGCAUCCAGUCCUUCCAGAGGAGCCAGAGCAACCUGGCAAGUCUGGGUUUGGCCUUUCCGGCGCCAAAUGGCUCCCUGGCGAUCGGACGCUGGCCCACUGCGGCGGACCGAGGCUCCCUGCCCGAGGACUGGGAGAGCUACACCUACUCUCCUGGCUAUGACAGGGCCCACAGCAAGACUGAGUCCAAUGACAGGUCGAGUACAGAGGACUGCCUGGUGCUGAUCUGCUGUGGACUGUAUGAUCUCCUGCGGGGUGUCCUGCUGCUGCUGCCUGACCUCAUGCUCGAGGAGGUGAUGGACAAGCUCAUCCAGCCGGAGGCCCUCAUCGUCCUGGUCAACCACUCGUCACCCCUCAUCCAGCAGGGAGUCAUGAAGCUGCUGGACGCCUAUUUCAGCAGAGCCUUCAAGGAGCAGAAGGAGAAGUUUCUGAAGAACCACGGCUUCUCCCUCCUGGCCAACCAGCUGUACAUCCACCAGGGCAGCCAGGGGCUCCUCGAGUGCUUCCUGGAGAUGCUGUUUGGACGUCCUGUGGGCCUGGAGGAAGAUCUGGACCUGGAGGAAAUGGAGAACAUCUCGCCCUUCAGGAAGCGCUGCAUCAUCCCAGUGUUGGGUCUGAUUGAAAACUCCCUGUAUGAGAACUCGCUGGUGCACAACAUCCUGUGCAUGCUGCUGCAGCUGCUCAACGCCUGCCCCAAGCUAGCAGACAUCCUGCUGGACCACGGGCUCCUCUACGUGCUCUUUAACACCCUCUCCACCCUCAACGGCAUGGAGAACGGUAUUCCUCUGAAUGACUACAAGCUCUUGGUGUGUGACAUCCAGCAGCUGUUAGUGGCAGUGACGAUCCACUCCUGCAGCUCUUCAGGGUCCCAGUACUUCCGCAUCAUCGAGGACCUAAUUACCUUGCUGGGUUUCAUGCAGACAAGCAAGAUGCGCCGCACACAGGAGAUGGCCGUGGCUCUGCAGUUCCGCGUCCUCCAGUCAGCGAUAGAGUUCAUAAAGACCACCGCCAAUCAGGACCCUCAGAAGCUGAGCAGCUCUGUAAAUGUACCCAGCUCUCCACAUCAUGCCAUCUAUCAGAAACGCAAGAGCAUUGCAGGUCGGCGCCGGUUCUCCCUGGCCCAGUCUGACUCUCUCCUAACUCGGAUGCGCUCUGUAGCCAGUGACGAGCUCAACCAGAUGAUGCAGAGAAGGAUCAGCCAGGAAAACCCCAUUCGCGCCAGUGAGACAGAGUUUGUCCAACGGCUGCAGAGGCUUGUGGUCCUUGCUGUCAACAGACUCAUCUACCAUGAUGUGAGCCAGGACUUGUAUGAUCUGCUGAAUAUCCCUGACUCUCCGGACCACCAGCCGCUCACCCCAGACCCAGGUGACCCGGCACAAGAUGACGGCAGCUCCUCCUCCGUCCCGCCCUCGCCCAUUCCCUUCACCCUCCCCCCUGCCAGCAAGAAGAGCUUUCAGAAGGACAUUCUCAAACUCAUGAUGGAGGGGAUUAAACUCAGCCUGGGCAGCAUGGGUCGCGGUGGAGCUCCGCAUCAGCAGUGGCGCAGGAUCCUGUGGUCGUGCCGGGACACCUUUAGGGUCCAAAUAGGCCGCCUGCUGGUUCACACACUCAGCCCUGCACUUCCCCUCUCUGACAGGAAGGAGGCGCUGGAGUUUGUGUUUGAUCACAGACAUAUAGACAUCCUCAGGGAGAGCCUCAGCCCGGCUCUGGAGCAUGGACCAAAGCUGUCACUCUACCUGUAUGAGAUGCUUCAUGACCACAAGGACAGCCUCACCAAAGAGGAGCAGUCUGCUGUGGGCGUGUUCAUGACCUCGCUCAAGCUUUGUGGUCAUCGCUGCAUCCCUCCCAACGCACCGCACAAGCCAGACUUGCUCAAGGCUAUAAAAGAGGAAAAACUCAAAUAUGAGGCUGAGGAGAAAACAAGCAAAGUGGCAUGGGAAAAGAAAAUGUCCAACACUCAGAGGAUUCUUAUCCAGAGGCUGGAUGGAAAGUCUAAGGACAUUUCUAAGAUUGCAGCAGACAUCACUCAGAGUGUGUCUCUACAGCAAGGCAUUGAGAGGAAGAAAGUGAUCCAGCACAUCAGAGGCCUCUACAAGACUGACCUGAGCGCCAGCCGUCACUGGCAGGAGCUCGUGCAGCAACUCACACAUGACCGUGCGGUUUGGUACGACCAGACGUCCUACCCCACAUCCUGGCAGCUGGACCCCACAGAGGGGCCUAACCGGGAACGCAGGCGCCUACAGAGAUGCUACCUCACCAUCCCCAACAAAUACCUGCUCAAGGACAGACGCAAGGCCGAGGACACGGUGAAGCCACCUCUGUCCUUCCUGUUCGAGGAUAAGACUCACUCCUCGUUCUCCUCCACGGUGAAAGACAAGGCCACUAGCGAGCCCAUAAGGUUCACCAGACGAUGCAUCAGUGUCGCUCCCUCCAGAGAGACGGCAGGGGAGCUGCUUCUGGGAAAGACUGGGAUGUACUUUGUGGAGGACAAUGCUGCUGAUGCUCAUGACAACCAGAGUCUUCAUGGUGAGACUGAGGCGGCUUCUUUCUCCUGGACCUACGAGGAGAUUAAGGAGGUCCAUAAGCGCUGGUGGCAGCUGAGAGACAACGCUGUGGAGAUAUUCCUCACCAACGGCAGGACCCUGCUGUUAGCUUUUGACAACACCAAGUUCCGCGACGACGUCUACCACAACAUCCUGACGUCUGACCUGCCAAACCUGCUGGAGCACGGCAACAUCACGGCUCUCACGCAGCUGUGGGGCUCGGGUCAGAUCUCUAACUUUGAGUACCUCACGCACCUCAACAAGCACGCCGGCCGCUCCUUCAACGACCUCAUGCAGUACCCGGUGUUCCCCUUCAUCCUGCGAGACUACACCAGCGAGACUCUGGACCUGCAGGACCCCAACAUCUACAGGAAUUUAAGCAAACCCAUCGCAGUCCAGUCAAAAGAAAAAGAGGAUCGCUACGUUGACAAUUACAAGUACCUGGAGGAGGAGUACAAGAAGGGUAUUCGUGAGGAUGACCCCAUGCCCCCUGUCCAGCCUUACCACUACGGCUCGCACUACUCCAACAGCGGCACAGUGCUGCACUUCUUAGUCCGAAUGCCCCCCUUCACCAAGAUGUUCCUGGCCUACCAGGACCAGAGCUUUGAUAUCCCGGACCGGACAUUUCACUCAAUGAACACGACCUGGCGCCUGUCGUCCUACGAGUCCAUGACUGAUGUCAAAGAGCUCAUUCCAGAGUUUUUCUACCUCCCAGAAUUCCUGGUCAACAGAGAGGGUUUUGAUUUUGGGGUGCGUCAGAACAGCGAGAGGGUAAAUCAUGUGAAUCUGCCCCCCUGGGCCCGCAACGACCCGCGUCUCUUCAUUCUGAUCCACCGUCAGGCGCUGGAGUCGGACCAGGUCUCCCAGACGCUGUGCCAGUGGAUCGACCUGGUGUUUGGGCUUAAACAGAAAGGCAAAGCCGCCGUCCAGGCCAUCAACGUCUUCCACCCAGCUACCUAUUUUGGCAUGGAUGUUUCAGCUGUAGAAGACCCAGUGCAACGACGGGCCCUGGAGACCAUGAUCAAGACGUACGGACAGACACCCAGGCAGCUGUUCAACGCCUCUCACAUCAGCAGGGCCGGUCCCAGACUCAUGAUGGAGGGCGAGCUGCCAGCAGCCAUGGGUCUCCUGGUUCAACUGGCAUUCAGGGAAACCAGAGAACAGGCCAAAGAAAUAGUCUACCCGAGUCCCCUGCCGUGGAUCAAAGGUCUAAAGUGGGGGGAAUACGUCGGGUCCCCCAGCGCUCCAGACCCGGUGGUGUGCUUCAGCCAGCCCCAUGGUGAGAGGUUUGGCUCCCUGCUGGCUCUGCCAACGCGAGCCAUUUGUGGGCUGUCACGCAAGUUCUGCCUCAUGAUGAUUUACAGCAAGGAGCAGGGAGUUCGGAGCAUGCACAGCACAGACAUCCAGUGGUCCGCCAUCUUGAGUUGGGGCUAUGCAGACAACAUGUUGCGGCUGAAGAGCAAACAGAGCGAGCCACCCAUCAACUUCAUCCAGUGCUCGCAACUUCACCAGGUGACCAGCUGCGCCUGGGUGCCCGAUGGCUGCCAGCUUUUCACGGGUAGCAAGUGUGGAGUCAUCACCGCCUACAGCAACCGCUUCACCAGCACCACGCCGUCAGAGAUGGAAGUGGAGUCUCAGGUUCACCUGUAUGGACACACAGGGGAGGUCACCAGCCUGUUUGUCUGCAAGCCCUACAGUAUCCUCAUCAGUGUCAGCAAAGAUGGCACCUGUAUCCUCUGGGACCUCAACAGGUUGUGCUACGUACAAAGCCUUACAGGACACAAAAGCCCGGUCACAGCCGUCUCUGCCAGUGAGACCACCGGCGACAUCGCAACAGUUUGUGACUCAGUGGGUGGAGGCAGCGACCUGCGUUUGUGGACCGUGAACGGCGAUCUGAUUGGUCACGUCCACUGCAGAGAGAUCAUCUGCUCAGUGGCCUUCUCCAACCAGCCAGAGGGCGUGUCUGUCAACGUUAUCGCCGGCGGGCUCGAGAAUGGCGUGGUCAGACUGUGGAGUACCUGGGAUCUGAAACCAGUGAGAGAGAUCACCUUUCCCAAGUCAAGCAAACCUAUCAUCAGCUUGACGUACUCGUGUGACGGCCACCACCUCUACACAGCCAACAGCGAGGGCACGGUGAUGGCCUGGUGUCGGCGGGACCAGCAGCGCAUGAAGCUGCCCAUGUUCUACUCGUUCCUCAGCAGCUACGCUGCAGGCUGACUGUGUACACGUACUACUCGACUGCUUUCUCUCUACACCAAGAGGAGUCUCCCCCCGCCCCCGUCCUGCUGGGAGCAGGAAGUGUCAGCAUGACGCAGACAGACUCCUCAAACCCCCUGGACCCUGCCCUGACCUCUAUCUGAAGCCAUCCCCAUCCAAGCAAACUCUACCAGAGCCACUCCCAGUAUAAAGAAAUUAUUAUGAAAAUAGUAUUAUGUGUAUAUAUAUUUAUAGACAGACUGAUGUGGAGUGGGAGGGCGAGAUGGAUGAAGACGUUGGCUGAGGUUGCAACAGACACUUUAUACAAAAUGCAUUCUGGAAGCGUGUUUGGUUUGAUCGGUCCUUUGUUGUUUUGUUUGUUCGGUUUCUUUUAUUUUGAGUCUUUUGAGUUUCCUUGUCAUGCGAAGAUCCUCGCUUGAUUGUUGCUGAUGUUGAUUUUGCUGUUCCUGGUAAGCUGCUACUGACUGGCCAAGCCAGACCCGUGAGCGUGAGGCUCCCCAUCCUUCACCUCCACGGCACGUUCGUCUCUUGCCGCGUGUCGCCUGACAGACUGCUGCUGGAGCCAGGAGAGCAUGUCCUGCUGACGCUGCAGCAGCGAGGAGGGAGCCCCUCCUCGCGUCUGUCACCAGGAGAUGUCCUGCUCAGUGGGAGUGAGACGCCGCUCCGCUGGGCUGUCUGCUCCACUCAAGUCUGAACACUAGUUUCUUGGCCCUGAAUCACUAUGUAUAUGAGCCUAGUCGAGUGAUGGGGAAAUGUUAGGUUUGUUUGGAUGUGUUGCUCACUGUCUUGCCUGUUGUCCUGUCCUACUUUUGCAUGCCAGAAUGAUGCUGAGAAACAUUGACAUUCAUCUAUUUAUUAGAAGAGCCGUGGAGGCUCAUCUUUGCUCCUUUGCCGUUGCUUCUUAUGUUUUACUGUCUUAAAAUCGUAUGCCUCUCAAAUGCACUAGAAACAUUUCACUACUUCAGAGAGCUUACUCAAAUUCAUCAUCGAAUUUGAAGCCGGGGGACUGAAUAAACAGCAUUAGAUGCCAUUGUAGCCCACAGAGAUAUUCCCAAGAGAAGCAGGGGAAGCUUCUGAAUUGGCCCUCUACCCCUCGCCUGAAGGGCAUCCCGUCCAGCCACUGAGGAGAUUUGAGGAUCAGGCUGAGCUGAGAGGAGUUAGCGGCUCACUAGUGAGAGCAUCUCCCCUGCUGAUGGGGAUUACAGCGGCCCAGGAUUACUUUUCUUCGUCUCACAUUUCAUAAUCUUAUACACAAUAGCAUCACUGAUCAAUCGGGAAAGAAUUGGUCAGCCCAUACUUUGCAAGCAAACUCAACCCGCCCGUUAUUCUCUACAUUCCUUCUCAAUUUGCUGCACUUUCAAUUGUUCUGUUAUUUUCUGUUGUCAAAAGUGAAAUGGCAGAAGCACUUUUUUAUUGGAUUGGGUCACCCACAAAUCAGCUACCAUUUAUUUAUCUAUGGAUAGUCAGUGACUUGUUGUCUAGGCUACCAGCAUGAACUGAGUUGUCUAAUUCCACUAAUAAAUCUAAACCAGAAAGCAAUAUAGGGCAUAGGCUACAUGCAAUAGGUCAUUUUAUCUUGUUUCAUGAUAGGAAGGAAACCACGAUGAAACUACAUCCGUUUUAAAAAUAGCUGUGAAACAAGUUUUUGCUUUUGUUUUGCCUUCUGUGAUCAUUGCAGCAAGCCUCCUGUGAUGAGAAGCAUGUCUUAUAUUUCAGACUUUGUGUUUGAUUUAUAUGUGUUUACAAGAAAGGGAAUAUUUCUAAUCAUUUCACGAUGUCAUUCCUUUUUGUUUUAUUGUUUCGACUUUAUCCCUCUGAACUGAGCUGAUGUGUACAAGAUGGAGACACCAUGUCGUUACUGCUCGAUUGCUCCAAGGAUGUUUACUCUCUCAUGCUUGCAUGUGUACAUACAUACAUCUCCUCCAUGACCUUUUCUUCCCCUCUUGAAGUUGUGUAUCUCAACUAUUGUACACAGAGUACUACAACCUUUUCUCCUGAGCAUUAGCAGGUAUGAGAAUGUAUGAAUGUUGUUUCGAGAAUGGCAAAAAAAAAAAAAAAAAAAGUGGGUAGGAAACUAGGAUAAUGAAAGAAGUUUUUGUGCUUUCUGACAUAGAAGGAAAUAUUUUUCUGUUGAUAAAUUAAGCUAUGCAUAAUUUAAGAUCAUCGUCUUAUGUUAUUUAAACGUUUGUUGUUAAAUCCCAUUUCAUAGCCUAGACCUUCCUGGGCUGGUUUUGCAGUUUGGCAUCAAGGAGUCCUGAGAGCCUGUGUUUUAUUUUUGUUUUGUAUGUAUGGACAAACCAAGUGAUCAGUAUAUAAAUAUAUAUAUAUAUAUAAAUAUAUAAAUAUUUGAAGACAUUA